AUGGAGGCAGACACGGAGAUGAAGGAUGCCGCCACGCCCUCAGAUGCCGAUUCCCUGGUAUCUACUGCCCCAAGUGAGCAAGGCUCAGAAUAUGAGGUGGAAGAAAUCCUCGCCGAGCGCGUUUCAAAACGAACGGGCAAAAAGAAAUUCUUACUAAAAUGGGCUGGCUACCCCAUGUAUCGAGCAACAUGGGAGCCUGCUGAAAUGUUCCUGCAGAUGGAAGACGCCAUCCUCAGAUGGGACGAGAAAAGACGGAGGGUCAGAGCAGGCACCGAUCGACCAUUCGAUUUAGACGGAUGGAAAAAGGCUCUCAAGGAUCGCGAACGAGAAACUCAAAGACGCAAAGAAGCUCGCCAACAGAAACGUGCGGAGAGGGCCGCACGGAAGGCUGCCAAGCCUCCUCGUUCGAAUGCACUUCCCUUUUCUGCAUCUCGAGAAUCUUCUCCAGAUGUGCCACUCAUUCGGGCCAAUGCAAUUCAGGGCUCAAACUUCGACAAGUCUUUCCAACGGUCUGGCUCGCUCGCCUUUGACAAAUCGUCUCUCUUUGUCUCGGCCGAUGACCCAGAGACAAAGAAUCACUCCAAUCAGAACACUCUAGCAUCUUCGACACCGACAACAGCUCAAGCUCUACCAGGCACAUCCUCCUCUGGUCCUGCGAGGCCCGAUGUUGGGCCUCCAAAUUCGUCUCUGUCAAUCAAAGCUGUCCCAGGUGCCUCCAAAAGCACUAUCCCACAGCCCUCCCAGGGCAUUACUGUGACAUCAGAGCAAUCUCAGCUCGCUCAAUCAGUAUACUCUCAGCUUCUUCCCGAGGGCUCGAAAGCUGCACCGUCGGAGCAAAAUAAACUAUCUGAUAAAGAGCCUAGCCAAGCCACUGAUCGCAUACCAGCAACUGGACCGGAGCCGACACAGCAGUCACAGUCUCAACGGCCAAUGGCCUCAUCCAGCCAAACUGUAAAGCAGUUGGCGUGGGGGCCCCUGUUCACGGCGUUUGCAUCCAACAAGUCAAAGGACCGCGAACCCGAUAUCAGCCAGCUGAAUCUUCGAAAGCCCUCCGAGUUUCCCGCCAGGGCAGCCGCAGGAGUGCCCGUCCCCUUUGCUAAAAUGACUGCUUCGGAUAGUAUCCGACGGAGCUCUCAAAGUGGGAUUAAAGCUACCACUACCAACACCUCAUCCGUGUCUCAGGCCACUGCCUCCUCCGGAGUAUCUCGAAAGGAGUCAUCCGAGGCCAUGUGCCCUCCCUCUUGGGCGCCUCGGGCCCCUCAAACAGAGAAGCCUGGUCGACCUCGUCCAUCCUCUCCUCGUCGUUCUUCUCUGCCAUUCGGGGACUGCUACCGACCGAGCAAUUCUCGCGACAGUCCUCCCCCUCGGCGGCCUGGGCCUCGCGGAAGGUCACCAGAGUCCCGCCGGAGAUCUUCCAGGUCACGCUCUAGAUCUAGAUCCCCUGGUCGCUGGUCUUCGGCCCGCGACCAGCGGCAAAGAUCCCCAGUCGCACGUCGAAGAUCUCCUGACUAUUAUCGACAAUCCAAUACGCCUUCUCCAUUUGUAACCGUGACGCGUCCAAGAUCAAAGGCACCUGCCCCAACUACGUCGUCGAGGUCAUCUCCUCCUAGAAAAUCUCCUCCAGCUACCAUCACCCCUCCAACAACCGUCUCCAAUGCCGGGCAUGAGCCCAGUUCCCGAGUGAAAGACGAUGAUGCGCUGACUCUGUCAUCUAAGGCUCCAGGUCUACCCAGAGGACCCCCGAUGUCCGCAAAGGACCAAAUCAAACGCAUGCCGAUAAGCAAGCCUUCCCCUAAUGCCAGGUUGUUACCAAGUGGGUAUUUCUUCAACCCCGGCGAAGUCCUGGCACAUGUGUAUUUCGGCAAAGCCAGGCAUUUCGUUGGGGUUGUAAGGUUUUGUGGCCUAUCGCCAGAAGUGAAAAAGGACCUCUUAGCUUUCAAGGAUGCUACCCGGCGAGGCUCCAAAUUCGAGAUGUGGUUCCGGGAUGUCACACCGGAACAGUAUGCUGCUCUUUGUCAAAUGGAGGACGCUGCGGGUGGGACCAACAGAGUCGUGCGCACUUGUUGGAUGGAGGGCUUUGCUGAUACCAAUCCCGAGAUAUUCCACAUGUCGGAAUUCCUCCGCUGGGAGAAUAAGGUUGGCAUCUAUUUCCCUCCAGGUAAUAAUGGCUAUGUAUGGCUUGCCUAUUCCCCCAAGUCUCCUGAAUUUGAGCAUCUCACCCUGCCAUUUCCCGAGAUCGACCCUUGGGUUCCCAUUCGUCUUGCUGUGCGAUCACCUUUGCCAGAUGCCCUGGAUAGCAUUGCUCUGGCGCAGCCAAUGGGCCCUCAGCAGACCCAAUCAUCGGCGAUGGCCAUGGUGCCUUAUGACCCGUCAAGAACGGGGGUGCGCGAUUCACUCGAUGAUGCUGUUAGACGCCUGGCACAGACUUCUGGCCCUAGCAAUCUAAUCGGGUCUAUGGAUGCUCAAGGAUUGUAUGGUUCUCCCAUCCAGAGUCCCAUAGAACGAUCUCCGGAUAGACCUCCGGUCCUUGGACAAGAGGCCCAGGAGACUCAACUCGUGAGGCAGACUGCCCCUUGUCCGGCUACAAAUGCCCCGGUGGACCCUCGCCUCAGGCGUUUGUCAUCUAUGGCGACUGUACAGCAGAGUCAUCAGGGGCAGUCUCGAUCGGCAGGAGAUACAUCCGGGACAAGCAACAAUAAACACCUCCAGGUUGCCAGUAUGGGAGCGCCGUCUGAUCUUAUGGACACCGCGCUAGACACUACAGUACCCACAAGCACGGCCUUAAUCUCGACCACACAGAAUGCCUCGAUACAGCAACUAUCGGAUCCCAAUUCCAUGCUUGGAGAGUACUUCGAACGUCUCCAAAUCACUUUCAAAGAACUUUCGUGCGUGAAUGGGAAACCUGAUGGCCCUCACGCGGACAUGUUUUACCUCCACACCCCCGAAGGUGAAGAGGGCCAGAAUGACUGCACUCUCCUCAAGGCGUGGCUAGAACUGAACGGGGCUAUGAUAUGGUCCGAUUGGGCGAAGUUUGUCAAAAACAGCAAAUGCGGCGUGAUUCUGUUUCACGAAUCCUUCGGAAGGUACGAUGCCCUACGACCCAAUCUUCGGGAUACCCUCGGCAGCUCGUCUAUGGGCUUCUGGACAUUCCGGAUCUCGAGGCCGCUUGACUACCCGGAUGUGCGAUACUCCCAACAAGGAGUCUAUUUUCAGCGUAUUUUUAGCCGAGGUGGCGCCUACCUCUUAACUGAAGACGUUCUCGACUCUUUGAAAGAAACCAUCGUCAUUGUCUACUGGUUCUUCUCUAUUCAGAAAAAUAAUCCAGGUCAAUGGAAAUUGGUCUGCUGGCCAAACCUGAUGGAGCGCCUCGAGGAAAAGGUCGAAGAUUCCAAUCUCCAAAAAGAUGAGCAGAAACUCCUUUUCACACUCAGCUGGUUAAUUAGGAGAUGCAACUCCAUCGAUAGCCAUCAGCCGGUCUAUCAACCCGACAGCCUGGAUCCCACGAACCUUGACAGCGCAAACAAUAACAUCCUUUCUCUCACCGUGGCCGGCUAUGGAGAGCGCUCCGCAGAAUCAAACCCCAAACUACCCCAGGAUCUCACGCAGACUGAGCGCAACGCGGAUCAUCUCGCCGAAGCAUUUGCUGGCUGGUCUAUCGAAAACGCAGCCCGCCUACGGAGGUCCUAUAUCAUCUCAAACUGCAAGAACGAAGUCUUACUCAAGCGAUGGGGUUCCUGGGGCCACGUUAUGUUCUUUAACGCGAGGGCCUUUAUCGAAAAGUACAAGAUCAACGUCAACGAUACGCUAGAGCGUAUCCACAACAAGCUGAAUAAGCCAAAAAAGCCUAGCAGGCAACCCCAAACGGGGCAAAUCCCUGACAAGGCCCAUAUGGACCUAGCUUCGCCGAUUCAAACACCCCAGACUCCCUCGGCGGCGCGGCUUAGCGGCAUCCCUACGCCGAGCGAACCGCAUACAGAUCCCUCCAAUCAACCGAGACCAAGCGAAUGGAGGCCGCCGCAACCACAAGGGGAUCAUAGUUAUGCAGCGCCAUAUCGAUGA